AGCCAUGUACGUGUCCCUCAGAGCCUCUCCGUUCUUGACUGAAAUGCCUUGGUUUCCCAGUGUAUGGGGCUUUCCCAUUUCAUUGUUCUGGUUCGCAUGGACCUCAGCGCCUGGUUUGGGACACACCUCGUACUGGAACCCUGUCAUGGCCCUCCUUGGUAUUGUUGACCCAUUUCUCUGGCUGGGAAUGCUAAAUUAUAUCGCGGGUAGGUUUUGGCCCGUUCACCUAUUUGGUGCGCUUACGCAUAGCUGAUCGAAGACUCAUAUCCGAAUCUGGCUGGCUCGGCGAUCGCUGCCUUUCUCAUACCAUCUUUCCUUGGUGCUGCUGGAUGCGCCCAUCUUGGCGUUUACCUAUUCCAGCGACUGAGGACGCCAGUGACGGUGUCCAUCCUAGCUUCGUGUCGUAUACUGAUAUACAUCCUAUACUUCUUUGGACCAGCUCUGAGGGCUCGUAGUCGACAUGCGCGCAAGUUCUAG